AUGACGUCUCAUCAAGAACAGAGUUACAAAGCUGGUGAAACCAGAGGCAAGACUCAGGAGAAGGCAGGGGAAGCCAUGGGAGCGAUGAGGGAGAAGACAGAAGCAGCUAGAGACAAAACUCAAGGGACAGCCCAAACUGCUCAACAAAAAGCCCAUGAAACAGCUCAAUCAGCUAAAGACAAGACAUCUCAAGCCGCACAAACAACUCAACAGAAAGCUCAAGAGUCCAAGGACAAAACGGGAAGCUACAUGUCUGAAACCGGAGAAGCAAUCAAGAACAAAGCACAAGAUGCAGCAGGAUAUACCAAAGACACUGCAGAAGCCGGAAAGGAUAAGACCAGUGGCUUCUUGGGCCAAACCGGUGAGCAAGUGAAGCAAAUGGCUGUGGGAGCUACUGAUGCGGUUAAGCACACUUUAGGGUUUGGUGCUGAUGAAGGAAACAAAGAACAUGUUUCUUCAGCUCCAAGUUCUACUACUACGACCACCCAUGCAACAGAGAGGAAGUGA